UAAAAAAAAAUAAAGUAUUUUUAUUUUAAACCUGUAAAAAAUUACGGAAACAGUAAAGCCAUAUUUCCAGAGGGGUGUAUUCUUGUGUCGGGCUUCACAGUGUGUAUCUAUGGGAAUCUACCAGCAGCUACACAAACACACACCGCAGGCGAGGAAGUCUCCACAGCGCUACAACACACUGCGGAACGUUAACGUUACUUAUAUAUAUAUAUAAAAAAAAACAUGUCGAGGGGUGUGUUUUUAUUCGCCACUUGACAACUCUAGUCUGCUGCCUACUAAACAGUCACCGUUAUAUCACAUAAUACUGGUUUACACGCCCGGUGGUCGUACAGUAACGCACUGAAUGGCGAAGAGGAGAGCGAGACGCGGCUAGUCUGAAGCUGCGACCCCAGCCGCCUGAUGAUGCGACGUCACUGGGUUCAUGGUCAAAUCUGCGGUUAAAUAAACGCGUACUGCUGAAUAAAGCACUGUAGUGACAGUGAUAUUAGUCGAUCUCUUACUGAAUACACUGGUUAGCAGGCUAGCUGGAUGUAAAUCAGGUGAAACUGAAAGGGUGGUGUUGUUGUUGUUAGCUGGGCCGGAUCGCUCAUUUUAAGAUCGCCGGCGGACGCUUGAGAUCAUUUCUAACAGACAAAAUGGCAACAGGCUCCAGUUUCCAUUCCGGAGGGAGUGGAUCUAGAAACGGACCGUCAUUCGCAUCAGCGUCGUCUUCCUCGUCUGGAGUGCCGGGACAGGCUCAGCCGAUGGCGGUGGUUUGGGAAUGGCAGGAUGAUCUGGGCUUCUGGAGGCCCUACACCGGACAGGUGAGCAGCUACAUCGAGCAGUGUCUCCAGAGAGGGGCCAACAGCAACGGCAUCUGUCUGGCACCAGCAGACCCCAGCCUGUCUGCGUACAUCAUCGACAUCCCCAACCUCAAACAGUUCAGACAGGACACUGGAAAGAUACGCGCUGUGCGGCGAUCCCUGUUUCCACAGUCCUCUGCUCUGGGUAGCGGGGUUCUUUGGGAGUGGGCUAGUGAUGAAGGAGGGUGGACGGCGUAUGAGAUCCGAACCUCCAUUUUGCUGGAGCACAGCUACCAGGCAGCGCAGGCCACAGCUGACCUGAGCUCACACGGCUACAACUACAUUGUGGACCUCACUGCUCUGGAGCAAGUCAACAAGUCCACCAGCUACAGACGACGCGUCAGGCGGCAAGGUAGCGUGCCGUAUCCUCUUGCUUCCGGUUCGGUAAUUCACUCGGGCCCGGCCUGUACUUGUCACCAAUGCAUGAGCAAUAGCAGCACCGCCGGACCCAUGCUGAGCCGGUCACGGCAUUCCUUCUCUUCGGGGCAGGCAAAUCGGCCCAGCCUCCAGCCCCAGCAUGGAAGACUUCCUGGAACCAGUUCCUCCUCAGCCUAUUCGCCCUACCCCAGAAGACCCCUCUCCAUGGGGAACUUAUGGAACGGCCCAUGGAGCACCCCCACCUCGGUGGCUCAUCCUUCAGGACCACCACAUGCUUUUGGUCACCAUGCAAAUGGAUUAAGCAUCCCAACCAUCCCUCUACACGUGAACGGAUCCAGUAAUGUGAACUCUGCACUGGCAGGCAUGGCUUCCAUUUUGAUGUCAGCUGCAGGACUGGGAGUUCGCUUCUCAACCGCCCCCUUCUCCCAGAGUGGCUCCAGCAGGCCCACCAAAAGCCACCCCAGCUCCGUUAAGAGGGCAAAGAGACAGUCCAGGACAGCACCAGCUCAGAAACCAGAAGAAGUCAUUAAGAAAUACAUGGAGGAAGUGCCUGUGGUCCCAGAUGAGGACUGUAUUAUCUGUAUGGAGCGCCUGUCCUGCCCCUCUGGUUAUGAGGUCCCAGCUGAGUGCUCGCAGUCUCUUCAGCCCAACACCGUGGGCAGACUCACAAAAUGUGGUCACACUUUCCACAUGCUCUGCAUGCUGGCCAUGUACAACAAUGGAACCAAGGAUGGGAGUCUUCAGUGCCCCUCAUGUAAGAUGAUCUACGGAGAGAAGACCGGCACCCAACCCAAGGGCAAGAUGGAGAUUUACAGUAUCCCUCAGUCUUUGCCUGGACACCCAGACUGCGGCACUAUACAAAUCAUUUACAACAUCCCGCCCGGAAUACAGGGUCCUGAGCACCCAAACCCAGGGCAGCCGUAUACGUGCAGAGGAUUCCCUCGCUUCUGUUUCCUUCCUGACAAUGACAAAGGAAGAAAGGUGCUGGAGCUGCUGAAAGUGGCAUGGACACGGCGCCUCAUCUUCACCGUGGGCACUUCCAGCACCACAGGGGAGCCAGACACCGUCAUAUGGAACGAAAUCCACCACAAGACGGAGAUGAUGUCCAACGUCUCCGGCCACGGCUACCCCGACCCCAACUACCUGGACAAUGUGCUCUCAGAACUGGCGUCACAGGGCGUGACAGAGGACUGCCUGAAACAGGACACUCCGAGCCAAGGGGCUCAAGGUUCAGCCAUGUGAACCGGACCGUCCCAUCUAUUGUAGAUCUAAUAAAAUUUGACAAAAAGGGGAAACUGGAGUUGCGCUGUUGGUUUGAUGUAUGCGAUUGUGGUUGAAUGCAACUUCCCCAAUCCGUUUCCACUCUC